GCGUUUUUUUUUUAUUCGAUCGUUUUUAUUUUCCCUGGGUAACUUUCGACCAAAGUACAAAGCGGGAAAAAGCUAAGAUUUGCAGGAAUAUCACUAGCGAGACAGCACAACCUAGUCGCAUUUAAGGCACACGACUUUAAUGCAUGCCUUCAUAGAAAAAAACGCAAGGAAGAAUCAGCAAAAGUUUGCGCUUUUAUGGCAGGCUGGUACAUCAAUAGCGUUCAAUUUUCUUUUUCAGUGAUGUUUUUCAUACAAUCUCGUCAAUCUUUAAGCUUAAUAAAGUGGGGAGAAGCAAUGGCACAUACCUCCAAAGUUCGAGAGUUUCAACUGUUUGUACAGUGCGAUGAGCCCAAAUGGGGCGUUUGUUUGCUUGUUCGUUUGUUUCGUUUUGUUUUGUUUUUGUUUUUUCAUGUAUCCUUUCCAACCACCUAAUCCCUUUUGGCCCAAGUUCCUGUAACAAGGACAUGAAAGCGUGUUUCUGCUUCCAGGACGCUGCUUCGUUUGCGGCUCUCAAGGAGGCCAUCGCCUCAGUCCUCAUCGAUAAGCUCGACGAUGGUGCCCUGGUCUCGCUUGUCUAUUUCGCCAAUGGCAGCAGCCUGCAUAGUGGUCCCGUAGCGUUGAACAACGCCUCACGGAGUGAUAUCACCAACAGACUGCUUGAAGUACCCAUGGAGGGACCUACUUGCACUAUCUGUGGGCUACGUUUGACACUGCAACUACUGAGCUCCGCACAUGGACAGAGUUCCGAAGGGAGCCUGGUGGUCCUGUUCAGUGACGGCAAGGUCCUUGAAACGCCGCCGUCCUCGGCUGAAGAGAACAGUGAUGGCUUCCUCGCAGUGGUCCCAGAUUUUCAACGGGCAAAGGUGUUCAUCACCACGGUCGCGGUAGGCGCCACCGCGUCGUCGGAUCUCGAGAAACUGGCCUUCGAGACCGGAGGCAGAACAUUCGCCAUCUGCGAUACAAACGCUACGGCAGAGAAACGAAGCUGGAUGGCGGUGCAGGAUGCCCUCUUGGAUACCUCGGAUGAGCUUUGCUCCGAAGUCGACGCCUUGCGUGACGAAAGCUCGGCUCUCUACUAUGGCACCGGCAACAGGCGUAGCUCGGGCCUCUUAGAGGCGCGAACUGGUCUGUGCUUCGAAGACCCAAUCACGUUGCGGGUUCGCGUGCCAGAGUACGUCGACUCGUACCGGACCGCUCUGGUGUUUGCGUCUCUGACAAAGGGACUGUGCCCGGUGGUUCGCGCCAAUGUAAGAGGGCUCGCGUUCUUCCAGUGCAACAGAACCGGCCAAGGGUUCUUACUCCACGACUCGGGACUCGGAGAAGAUGUCUACGCCGACGACGGCAUUUACACGGGCCAGCUCACGAAGAGCCUUGUCAAAGGUCGCUACAGCAUCGCCAUCGAAGUCAGCAACAAUUCGCAGACACAGUUUCUCGACUGGAUCCCGAUUGAGGUUCCGAAUGGAUCGCCCACUGUAGCAGGGGAACGUGCAUCCACGGACAGCUCCCUGGAGGGUGUGCGGGACCACUCCACGGGUGCCUUCUCAAAGACGUCAGCGGAGCACCCGCUGUUUGUAAAGGAAGACAUGAAGGAGAGGCAUGUGCCACCUGGCAAGGUUCGGGACCUGAGGGCUUCCUUCGGCUCGCACGAAGGCCGCCCCACUGCCCGUCUCUCCUGGACGAUGCCCGGUGCACACGCCUUCGAAGGAACUGUCUCGUCUCUCGAUGUCCGGUUGUCUCGGAGCAUCCAGACGAUGCUCGGCUUCUUCCACAACGCCACCGCAAUCUCAGAACGAGACCUUGUCUCCGGCUCGCUGUCGCCACUACCGGCGUUUUCCCGCCAGCAGGCAACCAUUUCCAUCCCGUCUACCGUCAUUUUCGGCCAUAACGAAGACCAAGCACCUGCGGUGUUAUCAGCUGGACACGCUCCUUCGGCGUCUGGCCACAACGUCUACUUCGCCCUGGUCACCACCAACGCCGAUGGUUCGCACUCCGAGGUCUCUAACUUGGCGAGAGUAUUCGUCGCUGCUAACCUUACCGUCCCAGCAGGUAGCGCGACCGCUUUGGCGGGAGCCGCUGCGUUAGUCCCGGAAGAAAUUUUGGUCGGCAAAAGAGAUUCCGAAAGCGCAGACACGUCGCUACCGACAGAACCAUUAACGUCCUCCAUGUCACCACCUUUGGAGGAACCGGCGACGACACCGGAGGUGGCAACAGCUCCACCACAACCUCCGAAUGCUGUUACGCCUCUUACGGAAGGCCCAGACACACCCGAGUCCACCACAUCUUCAGCGGAAAUAGAGGAAGAAAGCUCUGAUGAAAAUACCGAACCACAGGAAACACAUGCCUCUGUCCCUACCACUAAGAAGAAAGUGACAACUGCCUCUGUCGCUACUGCAAAGGAGACCCCAGCGUCAACAUGGGAGAACGAGGCGUCGUCCGCUCAGCAGCCUUGGGUGAACGCGACUGAAACUGACCAGAAUGCAACCACUCCACCUAUUGCAGAGAAGAAAGAAGUGAACAAGGGCGGCCAAGAGGAAGAUGACGAUGGCAUUUUUCGGGCCUGGAUACUGUUUGGCGCGUUCAUGGUGGCGUGUCUUCUCAUCUGUGCUAACCUGGCAUUCCUGUACUGCAGGGCACAGUACGAAGUGGACGCAGGUCCGCCCAGCCCUGGUCCAACUUCGGGUUAUGACACCUUCUAGCGAAGGUCGAAAUAAAACGGAAGAAGAACGAGGU